AAUACUGACAAGUCCGUAAAACAAUGGAUGGCUUUAUUUAUCAAGUUUCGUAACUUACAUGGAUACUCUCAAGAAAUCAUCGAACUAGAUAAUAAUACAUUAUCGGAUCAAUUAAAACAAUUUUUAGUUGAAGUUCGUAAGUCGAAUGGUCAGGAAUAUAAAGCCUCUUCACUUUAUACUGGAUUUUCUGCUAUUGCACAAGGAAUAUCUGAAACUUUUAAAGAAGUACGAGUUGUAAACAUAUUUGACAAGCACCAGUUUAGAAGUUUACAUCGCACAUUGGAUGGUCGUAUGAAAUCAAUCGUUGAAAAAGGAAACAAGAAUCGUAAACAAUCAGAUCCAUUGGAAACUGAAGAGAUUAAAUUUUUACUUGACUCACCUGUUACAACAAUUAAUACUCCUAAAGGCGGUGAUGCUAAGCGAUUAAAAGCAUCUUGGAUUAAAGAAUUAGACAAUGGAGGAAUGCAACUCGAGUUACCUAAAGAAAAAAAUCAUGCUGGUGGGGUUAAAGAUCCGUACGCAGAAGCUGGCAUUAGUUUUAUUCCUCCUGAUUCUUUAGGAAAUGCAUAUACACCGGUCGCUGAUAUUAAAAGAUAUUUAUUAAGACGUCCAAAUAAUGUUGAAGAUGAUUAUUUUUUUGUCUCAAUUAAUGUUCCAAAAAAAGUUUACCGUGGUGAAUGGUAUUUGCCAACAAAACUAGGAAAGUGCUCUCAUGAUGCAAUGAUGCAUUCAAUAUGUGAGGAGGCUAAAUUGGAUUUUAAGGGUCGUAAUAUUACUAAUCAUUCGAUGAGAUCAACAGGUAUUCAUAGUCUGGUUGAAUCUGGUGUGACACUUGAUGAGCAGAUGCUUUUCUCACGACAUAAAACAAUCGCAGGAGUAUCAGCUUAUCAACAUCAAUCUAUGAAACGUAAAAUAGAUAAUGUUUCUCGUUUAAUUCCUACUGAAGAAACAGCGUCUGAUUUACUCUCAACCACGUUAAAUAAGAAAACCAAAACAUCUGAAGAUAGAGAAUUAGAUGACCAAAAACCAA